ACCGAACGUAUGCGUUGACCAGGAGGAAAUCGACGAGGGCCGGACCGACGUCGACGGGAACCAAGGUCACACCUCCUCGUCUGGGUCAUCCUUUAUCUUCUCUUUCGGACAGAUGGAGGUCACGUCAUGCCAGGAGACGGGCGAUCAAUACACCUGCUCGACCAAAACUUCUCGACGUGGAAUCAACAAGACAGUGAAAGUCACCUACAGAUGUUGCCAUGGUUACGCCAAGACGCCAAGUGGAUGCUCAAGAGUGCAACUCCGCGAACUCCCCGACACACUGCAGAGCAUCGGGGCAACAGAUUUCUUGUCGCUCACCAAAUCUGUCAACAUGGAGAAUAUUCUACGAGAAAACAUCACGCUGUUUGUCCCUUCCAACGAGGCGAUGCAGGAGUUCACUGUCGAUUUGGAAGCUGAGAACGAAUUCGACAACGACCUGGACGACAACCGGACCUUCAACGAAGUGGUCUACCGCCGCCGCCGCUCGCUCGACGCGGAGGAGCUGGUUCUCGCGCACAUCGCCAAGGGACUUCACUACAGCGGCGACUUGCAGGACGAGCAGGUUCUGAACAGCAUGGCCAAAGGAUCUACCCUCAGAGUCAACACCUACAGCACCCUUCCACCUUCAGCCACUAUUAACUGCGCCCGUAUCGUGGGUAUUAACCAGCACUCGGCUAACGGGGUCGUCCACACUAUCGACAGAGUCCUACGCCCUGUUACCAGAACUUUGGCCGAGCUUGUUGAAUCGAGGCCCGAGUUCUCCAUUCUGAGGCAGCUUCUAACCAAAGCCGACAUGAUGAAGACCCUCCAGGAACCCGGUCAGCUGACUCUCUUCGCCCCUACUGACGACGCCUUCAGGAGUGUGUCGCCCUUGGUGUUGGAGGGUCUGCUGGAGGGCAACGCCUGUCUCGAUACUGUCCUCAAGAGCCACAUUCUGCCCAACGUCAUCUGCUCAGCUGCCGUUCAGGGGAAAGCUCGAACGGUUAAUCUUCUCGACAGCUAUUUGAUGCUUGAGAAAACGGAAGAUAACGAGAUCCUCGUCGGGGAUGCUGAGGUGCUGGAAAAAGAUGUUAUGGGAACCAAUGGUGUUCUGCAUGUUAUCAGCGGUCCGUUGAUGCCACAGGAAGCCAAGCCUUUAUUCGAAGUCCUCGAAGCCCAGAACCUGACCCGCUUCAUGGACCUUUUAGAAGCAGCUGACAUGCUCGACGAACUCAAGGGCCUCACUGACGUCACGGUCUUUGCCCCAAGCAAUAAGGCAGUGGACGAGAUCCCCGAGGAAGUUAUGGAGAAUAUUAUUAAUGACCCCGGCAGACUCCGUGAGAUACUGGAAUAUCACAUGGCGACACCAACUCUAAAAGCCAGUGACAUUUCCAACAAUCACAUCGUCAGCACUCGAGCUGAGCAUCCCCUCAGGAUCAAUCUCUACUCAAGGUCCCCCCUUCUCUCCGGCCUCAUCAACAUGGGCAAGCGCCACCCCAACAUGCGCAUGACCGCCGGGUGUAGCCACGUAUCAGCGCUGGAUUCUCGUGCCUGCGGUGCUGUCGUCCAUGUGGUUGAGAAGAUGCUGGUCGUGCCGAAGAUUAACGUCAUGGAUCUUCUCGAAAUGAAUGAGGACUUCUCCAUUUUCACCAAGAUGCUGAAGGAUACUGGACUUAACGAAACCCUAGUUGAAGAUGGACCUUUCACCGUCUUGGCUCCAUCGGAUCACGUCUUCAGAAUUCUGCCCGAGGAUGAACUGAGCCAGCUGCUGGAAGAUCAAGAGCUUCAGCAGCAGCUUGUGACGCAGCAUAUUAUGGAAGAACACCUAUGCUGCACGGGAAUCAACCCCAACACCUGGCUCUUCAUGGACCACAAGAGGACACUGAACGGCUCACCCAUCCACGUGCGCCGCACCAACUCCGGCAGACUGAUGGCCGGCAAUGCGCGCAUCACCCAUUGCUCCUCACCCACACGGAACGGCCUGGUUCACACUGUCAGCCACCUGUUGAUGAACAUCCACCGUCACAGAGUGGAUGACGGCGAGGUUUGCGACUUCUCCACUCCCGGUCUGAGACUCCUGUUUGGUUUUUAAGGGAAAGGCCUUUCAUGCUCCCCUAAUUUUCCUUAGUCCCCCCUCCUCUGUGAGAUGUUGUCUCUCCAUUUUCGUUAAAACGUCGUUAGGAACAUGCCACGGCCGCUCUUGGGCGAAGGAUCCAUUGUGUAACUUCGUGACGUUCAUAUGUUCUUGUUAGUUGGUCCUGUUCAUCUUGUUAUUUGGUUUUAGUGACAGGACUUUUUUUACUUUUUUUUUAAGCCGGAAAUAAGAGGAAGGUAAAGGAUGAUAAAGCUUGUAUUGAAGUUAUGUCUAUAGUUCUGGAGUGCUUCGUGAAUUAGGGUCUGAAGUAGCUUUCAUUAAGAUUAUGAAACCUUUUUAUUCUGAAGAAAAUAUAAAAUUAUUUCUCUACUACCACGGAGGAAGAUAAGUAUCAAUUCCUACUGUCGCCUCCCAAAGACAAAUUUAUGCCUUUUGUCACUGGCAACAGAAUUUCUAUGUCUGAUCAUCUCAUCAAAAAAACAAAGAAAAUAGUAUUUAUUUAGAAACUCCCUGAUCUUCACAAACCAGAAAUACACAAAGGACUUAGUGAUGAGUAUGAUUUCGAAUUUCUAAGACAGUGACAAUGAAAAUAAAAUUGCAAGACCCAAAAAUAAAAAGAAGGCGAAAGGCAUAAUAAGUUGUUUUGUUAAAAAGGCAACACUAAAACAGUUAAACAGUUAAGGGCUAGUUAGUUGUAUGUUUAAGUAGCAAAGUGAGCUGCUAUUAACUCUUAUUUAUUUUUUAACAUCUGCUUUUAUUUUGCAGUAAGCUGAAAAAUCAAAAUAUCUUUUUAAGAUAUAUAUAUAUUUUUAUCACAGAAUUCUUUCCAACAUGUACCACGUAUAAGACUGAUUGGUAUUAUAUAAAAUAAAUUCUGGAGGAUUA